AUUUGGGAAAUUUUUAGGGGUUUGGUUUUAGAUCUUGAUAGGCCUUAUGGUAGGGUCAAUAGGAAGCUGCUGAAAUCAAAGAUGCUGCAGAAAUGUAUCUCAAAUGGUGUCAAGUUACACCAAGCCAAAGUUAUCAAGAUUAUUCACGAGGAUACCAAAUCUUUGCUGAUUUGUAAUGAUGGUGUCACUGUUCAGGCUACUGUGGUUCUUGAUGCAACUGGGUUUUCAAGAUGCUUGGUUCAGUAUGAUAAACCGUAUAACCCAGGUUACCAAGUGGCUUAUGGGAUUCUGGCUGAGGUUGAUGAACACCCAUAUGAUGUAGAUAAAAUGCUUUUUAUGGACUGGAGAGAUUCUCAUCUGGACAAUGACAAGGAGCUGAAGCAGAGAAAUGAUAGAAUACCCACUUUUCUGUAUGCAAUGCCCUUUUCAUCUACUAAAAAUUUCAAAAAUAAUAAAUCCACCUCAUUAAAUCCACGUAAGUAA